UUAAGACGUAUUUGGCAACCCAGAUCCCAUCUGUCACACAUUUUGUCAUUGGGCAGUACACUAACAUUAAUUCAUGUUAGUAACAUUAUUCAACACCAGGCCAUUAACGUUAGCAAAGCUGCCACUUAACACCAGAAGCCAUGGGCUCGGGAGAGAGUACGACCAGAAAAGUGUCUUUCGGUGUCGAUGAUGAGGACAGAGUCAGGAUUCUUCGUGGAGUCAAGCUGUCAGAAGAUGUUCUCCAGAGGAUGAGAGGAGUAGCUAACAUUGCUCCAGAACGCACAUCCCCAUCGACCUCAAGCCCUCAGAAAGAAACAGGAGCCUCUCGCAGCGCCAGCUCAAGCUCUCGACCCCAGCAGAGCACACAGCACCAGGCCCAACCCAGCACCCAGUCCGGCUCUAGCAAACCAGCCUCCGACGCUAAGGAAGAACAGAGAAGGUAUGAACGGCAGCAGGCGGUCCUGAAGGAGGAAUUGGCCAAAGUCGCACAAAGAGAGAGGGAGGCAGCAAGGGAGGAGAUGACUAAAGCCGUGACUCAGGAAAGACAACACAAACGCCAGGAAGCCAAGAACGCCAAACAACUGUCUGCAGAUGAAAUAGAUGUGAUGGCUCAGCAGCUACAGAAGAAAGAUGCACAGCUGAAAGCAUUGGAUGCCUUCUACAAGGAGCAGCUGGCACAGCUGGAAAAGAGGACUUUGGAAAGAUAUGAACAGAGCAAGGAUGAAUUCCACCAAGCUGCCUCCAAGACAGAAGAAAAUGUGAGGUCUCGCAAUACAGACCCGGUGUGUCCUGGCCUGCAGGCUCAGAUCCUGUCUUGCUACAGGGAGAACAGAGACCAGACCCUAACAUGUUCAGGCCUGGCCAAAGAAUACAUGCAGUGUAUCAAUGCUGCAAAGAAGAACCUGCUCGUCAACCACGGAUGAAGAGAGGGUGGGAAAGAGUAAAACAGUUAUUUGACGAAGGCUUUGACUUUGGCACUAAGAGCGGCACUUGUCGCUUUCCUGUUUUGAAUUGUGAGAGAGUUGAUUUGCUGUUAGCAUGCCUUGUUUUUAAAACGUUCUUAUUAUGCUAUUUAUCUGCGGUAUCAUCUGGUGAAAUUGCUCUACUAUUCUGCACUGCUACAUUCUACCGGGAAGCUUUGGAAAAGGAAAUGAGUGUGCGUAUUACAUUCAUGGUCUGAGUCAGUGCGUUUUCAAUUCUGUUAUUCACAAGAUCAGCUGAAAGUAUUUCUAAGACUCGGGUUGUAAAAAUCCAUACAGGGUCAUUCCUCCAUCAUCUGAAUGUGAAAUUCAGUUUAAACGUCAAAAACUCUGCUUCCUUUGUUGGGAUGAAAAAUGAUAAAAAUAAUUUAAGGUGUGAGAUUAAUUGUGUGCAUAGGGGCCGUCCUUGUUCUGACAAAAAGAACUGUAUUAAGUUGAAUUGUUUUUGAGUUGUACUUUUUUUUUUUUUUUUUUUUAACAACACAGGAAUAAGCUCAGGUAAUCCUGGCCAUGACUUAAAUCCAUCAGACCUGUGAUGUAUUGUAUGAUUUUAUUAAAACAUUCAUAUCCUGUGA